AAAACUCAGAACAUUGACAAGCUAGAGAAACACACAUUUGUCAGUCCAUCGGAGGACAGGCGGUGAAAUGUACUGGGGGUCGGGUCCUAGUGGCCCCCGUGGCUCGAAAACUGGACAACAGAGACCGAAAUCGAGAAAGCUUCUGAUGCUGAAAUCCGGUUCAGUUGGAGAUGAGCUGGAAAUCUUAGAGAAAGACCGCGAGAUACACACUAACCCGGAUGAAACGAGACGACGACGGACGAUUAAACUCUUCAAGGAAAGAGGGUCAUGGGGGUUUACUUUACAGACCUAUGGCAUAAAGAACAAGUGCACGAAUACACUGGAAGUGAUGACGUAUGUGGACUACGUAGAAAUGAACGGCCCUGCCAACUUCGCGGGGAUGAGAAAAGGUGACGUCAUUCUAUCUGUGAAUGGUACCACUGUGGAGGACUUGACUCACAAAGAACUGGUAGUGAGGAUUCAAGAGAGUUCUAAUGUCCUCAGGUUGGUGAUUUUGUUUGAAGACUGUUGUCGAAAGGUGGAGCUCUACGACAGAUUUAUAAAGUUGAAGCAACUACUUGCUUUAAAACACGAAGAGUUGCGCCGCCUCGAUUUCGAAGAGAUGUCCAUAUUACAGAGUCACGGUAUCACUCGACUCUCCGUACUGCGUCAGAGCAGUAGAAGUUCCACAUCCAGCGACUGGGACCGGUUCAGCGUGGUUUCACCCUCCGCCCUGCAGUCCGCCUCCAACAGCCGCCUCUGGCGCGACUUGAGCUUCCCGUCCGUCAGUUCCCAGGCGUGCUACUCCAACGACGACCUCAGCCUGUGUAACGACAGCUUCUCCGAGGACAGCGACGCCUUUCUCAGCUCCGGAAACAGCUGCCCGGAUAUCAGCGUCAUUUCCGCCAGAGGGAGGGAAGACACGGAUUCGACGAGAAGCGUCAACUCACAGAAGUCAUUCCACGACGGAUCUCUGCACAGUCUGGGGUCCGUCGGUUCCACCUGUAGCAGUGGGGUGGGGGUAGUCUCUUGUGCAAUUUUACCGAAAUCCAGUGAGUUCGAACACGAGAAGGAACAGGCUAGCAAGGGCGAUAAUUCUGACGAACCGAUUAACAAGGGAACUGACUCUACCGAAUCGAUUAACAAGGAACCAAACUCUACUGAACCGAAAUACAUGGGACCAAAUUCUUCUGAACUGACUAACAAGACUGAUAACUCAAAUGAAUUGAAGAACAAAGAAAAUACUAAUUCCAGUGUACAGAACAACAAGGGAAAUAACUCUGGUGAAUUUACUGUUGACGCAACAAAGAAAGAAGAGUGCACGGGCGGUGUUACAAACAAACAGAGAAGUUCAACGGACGCCGGUGACAGUAAUGCAAGCAAGGCAGAUAAUUCUGAUAUCAAGGGAGACAAUCCCACAGAACUACAGAUAUCUACAGAAACUGUUUCGGAUACUAAUGAAAAGGCUACAAAGAAAUUACUUCACGGUGUUCUGGUGAAUGAAGACGACUAUGUAACAAAACUGUGAUGUCGCCAGGGGCGGGUCUAAAAAAAUAUUUUUUUGUAUCAACGAGGGGAUACAUGGACUUUAGGGAUGGGGGGAAACUGCUCCUUUUUUUCAAGGCGAAUUCCUUCAGGCCCUCCCCCCCCCCCCCCCCCCCCCCCGAAUUUAUAAAAGGUAUCACAUUAAUACAUUUUUAUUACUUUAAAACAGCCAUACAGAAGUGUUUGAGUUUUUAUCAUUAAACUGGGGGUACCCGGUACGGGGAUGGAGUACGUCUUGAAAAACAUUCCAUAUUCUUAUAUUUUUUAAAGGAAUUACUUUAGGAUCUUAAGUCCCCUUAGUCCCCACUGUUCUACCGUCCCCGAUAUAGUAUUCAACCAUAUGUAAUAAUUUGGUUUUCAAUAACAUGUUUCAGGUUUGCAGGCCAAACUAAAUAUGGCAGUGACUGGUUAAGAUCAAAUUUAUUUUUCACACAUGUUACUUUACGUAUUCUGCAUUUUUGUUUGUAUAUACCCAAAGCAGUGUUCUCGCUGCUCUAUUUAAGCGGGGCGACCCGCACGCUAUUGCAUUUUGCCGCCCUCCUUUAUUUUUCUGCGCCCCUCUUUAUUUUCCAGCACCCUACUGUAUUUUACAGCACCUAUCUCCGCUAUUUCCAAAUGCACACUUUUUUCUACACAUAAAA